AUUCACCCGAGUCGGAUCGUUGAUACAUAUCAAUCUUUUAAUUUCGUUUCAAAUUUUGGAAUCCUUGUCCAACAUGGCCAGCGAAUCCUUUAUGAAACAUAGCACAAAUAUCAGUGCCGGACAAUUGCAUUAUUAUCACACGGAUUUCUACUACUCGAUGCCCAAUUUGCAUAAGACCCGCAAGAUGCACGGCGUAAAACGCGUGCUCGUAUUUUGCAUUAUGAUUGUGGUACUGCCGGCAAUACUGAUCAUAAUGCCACUCUAUAUGCGCAAGACGAUCUUUGCCGAUGUCAUCUACCCGGUUGCAGAGUCCGACAUCAUUGAGAUAAGGGAUGGCAUUUCCUCGAUCUUCUGCUCGAAGCAUACGCUGCGCAUGAAUAGCCACUUUAAUGCAUUUCAGCUGCGCAAUAAGCCCGAAAUAUCCACGAAUCGUAAGCACAUCAGGCUCAAGAAGUCGAUGACCCUGCCCGACGAUACCCUGGAGUAUUGGGGCUUCUUUUUGCUGAAGGGUGCGCGAGUCUCGCUCAAGUUCUGUUCACGCUACAAUGGAUCGCGCUUGCUGGUGAUCAAGGGCAAGCGGGAGCUGAAGCUUUGCGGCCUCACAGAUCACAAUAAGAACAAACUCGGCGCCAACUAUGCCCAGGGUCACGAGCAGGUCAAGGUGUUCUUCGAGGAUGUGGUGGAAAUAACCGAGGAGAAGCUGCAAGUCGAUGGAUUGCUCGAGCACGAGAAUCAUGGCGGCGAAGACUUGAGCGAGGAUAAUCCGCCAGCAAACGUAAGCUCAACGCCGACGCCCGCAAAGCGCCUGCAAAAGAAACUGAAGAAGGGCACACCGCAUCCCGUGCCCAAGUCAAUGGAAUCGUUCGAGCCCAGCGGCAAGGCACCUGACCACAACACGCCAGUGCAGCGAAAGAGACGGCAGACGGCUCACGAGCUGGGCAAGCGCCAACUCUACGAGCAGCUGUACAAGCGCAAGGAGCGACAGAAGCGUGAAAAUGUUUAUGACCGGAAAUACAGUCACGGCGGCAAUGCCGUCAACUUUACGGAGACUGAUGAAUCCAAUUCCAUAUCGAGCUUUGAGACUGGACUCUUUGAUUGCUUCAACGGCGCCAUCCUGCUGGCCGAGGGCUUUCCACCCAAGCCGGCGUGCAUGAAUGCGCAUUUCCUGGAACAGGGCAAGCAUGAUACGGUCAAGCACAAUAUCACAGAGGAUGGCUACUACUAUUAUAUCUUUUAUAGUGACAACGAUCUGGUGCGCAACGAUAUACACGCCAUCUUCGACAUAUACAAGCCAACGUUUCAAUACUCUAACCUAAGUGAGUCGCGUGGCUGCUUGAACAGCACCGACUGCAGCUUCAAUAUUGGUUUCCUGUCCGAUGAAAUUGUCGUUGUCGAGGUGCCCACACGCGAUGGCAUCGAGCACGAGGACGAUGAUAUCACCAAUCUUAUCUCAACCUGUCAUCCGCGUAGCGAAAUCUAUGCGCUAUUUCCCAUAACUGUCCUGGUGCUCAUAUUAUGCUGUUCAUUCCUAUAGAAAAGUGUGCGACGUUCGACGUUCGACGUUCACAAUUUGUACUCUAAGAAUCUUGUGAUAUUGAGAUAAUCGAGUGAUAUAUGUAUGUCUGUAUGUUCGUGAGCUGGCCCGUAAGACAUGAAUUAUCAUAACACAGUCUGAACCCAUGUGUAACCAAAACAAAUCAACUGAAUAUUCAUAAACAUAAAAACAAAACAACCACAAAAUAAGGGAAAUAAUAUAUAAUUUUGUAAGCCAAUAUUUAGUAUAAGACUCAAGCAUUUAGGCUAGAAAAUGACAUGAAAACUACGUAAAAUUAUAAAA